AUGCUCAGUGGGGCUUAACCCUGCUUCGGUGAAGGAGGUGAUCAUUUUUCCUCUACUGUACUUUACUGUGUAAUGUGUACUCACGCGCACACAGUACCUGGCAGACAUGAACAAGUAUCAACACUAACCGCAGUGUGAACGAAUUACCCCGUGGGGUACUUUCCGAGGGACAGGUGCUCUGAAACGGUCGUGGUAUCGAUCCAAAACAUUCGGAAAAUGAUGCGCUUCAUGCUGCUGUUCAGUCGACAGGGCAAGCUGCGGCUGCAGAAGUGGUACACAGCCACGGCCGAGCGCGACAAGAAGAAGAUGGUCAGGGAGCUGAUGCAGAUCGUGCUCGCCCGCAAGCCCAAAAUGUGCAGCUUCCUGGAGUGGCGGGACCUCAAAAUUGUCUAUAAGAGGUACGCCAGCUUGUAUUUCUGCUGCGCUGUGGAGGAGCACGACAACGAGCUCAUCACGCUGGAAGUCAUCCAUCGCUUUGUCGAACUCUUGGAUAAAUACUUUGGCAGCGUGUGCGAGCUGGACAUCAUCUUCAAUUUCGAGAAGGCCUACUUCAUCCUGGAUGAGUUCCUCAUGGGAGGAGAGAUCCAGGACACCUCCAAGAAAAGCGUCCUCAAAGCCAUCGAGCAAGCCGACAUCCUGCAGGAGGAAGAUGAGUCGCCCAGGAGCGUGUUGGAGGAGAUGGGCUUAGCGUAGCGGACACUCGCGGACGAGACUGAACACGGCUUCUGUGUGUCUCUUGUUGCUCGGUGGACUGUGAUGCAGCGCGUGGGUACGAGCCGGCUCAUCCGUGUGAGUGUGUGUGUUUGUGUGACAUAGUGCGCACACGGUCUGUCUGUAUGUAUUUCUAUUUGUACGAGUGACCUGGAAGUGUACUUGAUGGUCAGAAGCAAAUGGGGACAAACCUUAGGAAAGAAAAUGCAAAUUUCGAGCAUGUCCCCCCAACACGAGAAAAGUUUGUUUUGUGUCCCGAUUCCAACAUUGUGUACGCCGUUGUGAGUCGCCGGCAGCUAGACAGUGUGACUUUAGCGGGCAUUUUAUUGAGGUCGGUUACCAAGGAGACAAUUUGAGUCCAUAGUCGCUUUUCAUUUGAAAUGUUCCACGCGUCACACGUGGGGACAUUUUGAGGUAACAGGUGUGCCUAAUGAAGCGUCCGCUGGGAAAGAGGAACCAAAGAAGUUGAACAUCACUGCCGCUACGCUGGGACUGCGACAUGACAUCGUCAGCUUUUGGCGUCCAAUCAGGUGAAGCACGUCCGAUUGCUGGGUCCCCGACUAAGCCGAACUUUGGGUUGGGUUCGAACUCGGUCGAUCUGCUCAAAAUCCACAGCGAGUGGGCAGCAUUUUUCAGUGGGGGAGUUGAAACGCUAAUUUAUUUUUUUUUUUCUUCGAUGAGCAAGCUUGCUUGAAUGUUCCUUUUGAGUGGGAGGAGUUCCCAAGUCGCUUUGGGGCUCGCUGACUCACUUGUGUAGAAAUCAAGCUUAAGUCACUUGGAAAAGAACAUUCCACCUUUUGAGUUUGAGCAAAUGGCUGGAAGUUUUUCUGCAUUUUGCAAGCUCCGCUUUUCUCUUUGCUUUGUAUCUUGCUGCACUUGAAUUGCUUUUUUUAGGGUACUUUUUCCAAGCCAGAGGGAUAAUAAUUAUUCUACUGUAAGGAGGGUUUUCAUUUGGGGUGCUGGCUUGUGGGUUUUUUUUUUUUUUUUUGGCCUUGAUGAAAAAUACUUUGUCAACGUAUGCAUGUUGGUCGACAGCUUUAUUUGUGCGUGUGCCUGUUUGGAAGAACUUCAGUUCUUGACUUGAUUCAAUACCUAACUUCAACUUGAGAUGGCUCAGCUCAUGUUAUGUGAAUGUUUUUUUUUGUUUUUUAAAGGAAUCUAAUGUUCUAAUUGUUGUAUUUGAAACAAAGCCCUGCAAGACAUUGGAAUCAAACAAGAGUUGUUUGGAGAGAAAAUGAACUUCUUGGAUCUGUUGGAUGUUUUAACAGGUGUGUGAAAGCAAUUUUAUAACGGUUAAAUAAAAGAUUUCAAGCUAA